CACAACAAAUCCUGCGAAACACAAUUUAUUACCAAGCAACACUCCCCCAAACCUUCCAUACUCGCGAAGAGGAGAACAAGCUGAUUACACAAGAUGACGGACGGGGUUGCGGGAAGCGGAUCUCGCGCUUAGCCGGUCCCUGAACUUACCUAAUUCCUAUUCCCGGUCUGGCUGGCUGGCUGGCUUUCCCUUUCCGGACAGCCGAUGACGGCGUGCCUGAGGUUUCAAGUUGCAUUCGUCGUCCGCUUAUAUAAUCAGCUGCCACGAGACGGCACGUGCAUCGUCCCAUCUCACCAUCAACCUCACUCACGAACCUCAAACCCCGUCCCCAUAAACCCGCUGACAAAACACACACACCCACAACCUCACACACAAACUCCGCCUCCUCUAAUCUCCAAUCUCCAUCCUAACACACACACCAUGGCAACCAAGAAAGACAUGCGCCGGCCGGACUUAGGUACGUACCCUCCCUCCUCCCCUACCUCUCUCUCUCUCUCAAAAACACCCCAUAUACACUCAAAUCACGUGCUCUACUCUCCCCAUCCAACCCGCAAACUAACCCAAACAAACAGCCGUCCCCUACACCGCUCCCAAAGACGACGCCGCCGCCCCAGACAUGAUGGGCACAAUGUCGCAAACCCUCCCCAUGGCCGCCGUACGUAUCCUCCUCUGUUAUCCGCCCCUCUUCCCCUUAUCACAUUCCUUCCCUUGUAUCUCCCUCCCCCAAUCCCCAAUAUCACUAACUAACACCCAAAACAAGAUCUUCACCCGCAACAAAAUGAUCGGCUGGGUCGCCCUCGUGCUCUCGCUGCAAGGCUAUCUCGCCGAGGCAUCCGGCUCAGGCUCAUCUGGUAGUUCUGCGACAUCGGGCAUCUUUGGUGUGGGCAUGAGUGUGAUGGCGCUGGGCGUGUGUUAUAUGCAGUUGUUCAUGCCGCAGCCUGCUGGGUUUGGACAGCAAGGGACGGGGACGGGGGCGCCGGGGGCUGUUCCUGCUUAGGUUUAGGUUUAGGGAGGCGGGAAGGGUGGGAAUGGAGUGGUUGGUG